GAGCCUUUGCUUGGGGCUGGGGGUGCUGCGGGAUCGGUCAUCCCCGAUGUGAUCGACUGGGCCGUCGUCUUCCCCGAUGGGCCCUCGCCCAUUGACUUGGCCACCGAUGAUCAGCAGCGCUUUGGCCAGAAGUGCUGCAGUUGCCAGAUCAUCUUCCCCAAGGACGGCUCGAUGGAGUUCAAAAAGAUCACCAGCCACUCCUGUCGGUGCCACGACUGCGCCACACUCUACAAGCGCAUCCAGCGCAUGACCAAGAGCACGGGCCUGGACACUAGCAAGCUCACGGCUGACGAGCGCGUCAACCUGAUGCGCGAGGCCCACGGCGAGAUGGGCCCCGACCUCCAGAAGCGCCUGGAGGAGACGAUCCGCGCGAGCAACAUCCGCCGCACGUGCAGCAAGCUGACGGUCGGAGGGCCUUUCGAGGACCCUGCGGACGCGAGGCUCCGCUUUAAGGACAAGCCAGAGCAGCUGGCCAACAUCGAGAAGUACGCCCAGAGACUGCAUUGCCCCGUUCGGCGCAUCCACUUGGUGCAGGUCCCGACCUACACGCAGGACAACACCACGGAGGACAUCGCCGAGGAGGAGCGCGCCCGCAAGGUGGUCGGCGAGCAGGACAUCAAGAAGCAGAAGCCCACCAAGGACGACACGGGGAACUCCGACAAGAGGAUCAACGCGGCGGCGAAGAAGAAGGUGCAGGUUGAGGUCGAUAAGCUCCUGGGCGCGGUGAACACCCUGAAGUCGCAGAAAUGCCAGGCGACCGCGCAGGACAUGGAGGGGGGCGUGCCGCCCCAUGUCAUGAAGUCGGUCGACAAGAACAUCGCGGCCCUGGAGGCGGCCAUCGAGGCGGGGAAGGGCCUGAAGGAUGCCGACGGAGCGACGAAGGGUGAUGCGACGGCCUACAUCGACGAUGCCACGAAGAAGGCAGAUGCCGCCAGCGCCCUCGGCGGCCAGAUGGGUUCCCUGAUCCAGUGGGCGCUGGAUGCAAAGACUCAGGAAUCCACGGCGGGGUAG